AUGAGCUUCAGCUAGCUAUAGUCAAGAAAAAAAGGUCAAGUUUUUCUUCUGAAAAACAAUGGUGACGGUCGAUGAAGUCCGCAAUGUGCAACGUGCUGAGGGCCCCGCCACCAUCUUAGCCAUUGGCACUGCAAACCCUCCCAACGUGUUCUACCAAAGUACCUACGCGGACUACUUUUUCCGCAUCACUAACAGUGAGCACAAGAUGGACCUCAAGAAGAAAUUUCAGCGCAUUUGUCAGGGAUCUGCGGUCGAGAAGCGUUACAUGUACUUCACAGAAGAUAUACUUAAGGAGAACCCUAAUAUUUGUGAAUACAAGGCAACUUCCCUAAAUGUUAGGCAAAAGAUUGUCGUUGAAGAGACACCCAAGUUGGCCAAGGAGUCAGCACUCAAAGCCCUCAAGGAAUGGGGCCAGCCCUUGUCCAAAAUCACCCACCUUGUCUUCUGCUCGACCAGUGGCGUAGAAAUGCCCGGAAUUGACCAUCAGCUAAUCAAGCUAUUAGGUCUGCAACCAUCAGUGAAGCGGGUCAUGAUUUAUCACAUAGGGUGUUUUGCUGGUGGCGCUGUGCUUCGCGUGGCCAAAGACCUGGCAGAGAACAACAAGGGGGCUCGUGUUCUUGUUGUCUCUGCAGAGCUAAGUGUGAUCACGUUUCAUGGUCCGAGUGAGACACACUUGGACAACUUAGUGGGUCAGGCAAUUUUUGGUGAUGGUUCGGCAGCUGUUGUUAUUGGUUCUGACCCAAUACCUGGGGUCGAAAAACCAUUGUUCGAAUUAGUAUCAGCAACCCAAAAUAUCUUACCGGAUAGUGAAGGAGCUAUUAUGGGAUAUCUCCAAGAAGCAGGGCUUAUAUUCCACCUUAGCAAGAAUGUCCCAAAGAUAAUUUGCAACAAUAUUGAGAAGGGCCUAGUGAAGGCAUUCGAACCUUUAGGCAUCACAGAUUGGAACUCCAUUUUCUGGAUUCCACACCCAGGUGGUCGAGCUAUAUUGGACCAAAUGGAGACCAAGUUGGGUCUUAAGCCUGAAAAGCUCCAGGCUGCAAGACAAAGUUUGUCUGACUAUGGAAACAUGUCAAGUGCAUCUGUGCUAUUCGUCAUGGAUUACAUGAGGAAGAAGUCAGCUGAAAAUGGUGUCAAAACGACCGGGGAAGGACACGAGUGGGGUGUGCUUUUGGGGUUUGGACCUGGGCUCACACUUGAGACAGUGGUGCUCCACAGUGUUGCUAUUUAGAAAGCAUUUCUCUCCAUGGAUGUUGGGUUUUCCCCGGCAGGUAGUGCCUGUGUGCAUGCUCUGUUUUCCUUUUUUUCCCUUUUGUCAGUUUUUCUAAUAAACAUGGUCCAGUGAAGGUGGUUAUGUAACCAGUUCUUCAUUUGUUGUCCUUUCUCCUUGAUCUGUGUAUCAGUUUGGAAUGGUCUUAUAUGUUUAUAGCAUUGGAUCUGUGACGCUUUCUAUUAAUGAAAUAUUCAUGUUUCC